CUUCUUCUGCAGCCAUGUCUGACAAACCCGAUAUGGCUGAGAUUGAGAAAUUCGAUAAGUCGAAACUGAAGAAAACAGAAACGAGAGAGAAAAAUCCACUGCCUUCACAAGAAACGAUUGAACAGGAGAAGCAAGCAGGCGAGUCGUAAUGAGGCGCGCGCCGCCAGUUCGCACUGUACAUUCCACGAGCAUUGCCUUCUUAUUUUACUUCUUUUAGCUGUUUAACUUUGUAAGAUGCAAAGAGGUUGGAUCAAGUUUAAAUGACUGUGCUGUCCCUUUUCACAUCAAAGAAUGGAGAACUACUGACCACGAAGGCCGCGCCUGCCUCCCACCCGCCUGUCUGGCUGGCAGGGAAGGAAAAGAACUUGCAUGUUGGUGAAGAAGGAAGGAGGCUGGGUGGGACGACAGGGAAAUCUAGAGUAAAGAGCAAGCUGGUCCAAGGUGUCCUGCGGGCUGUAAAAUGCAGUUUAAUCAGAGUGCCAUUUUUUUUGUUGUUGUUGUUGUUCAAAUGAUUUUAAUUAUUGGAAUGCACAAUUUUUUUAAUAUGCAAAUAAAAAGUUUUAAAACCUG